CUUUGUCUUUUCUGUAGUAAACAAAUAGCUCUAUUAAAACCUCCAGAGAGCCUGAAGGGACCAUGUGUGAUCUCCAGCUCUCUGAGAAACACGAUGAAUCCUGUGGCCGCCUCCGUCAUCUUUGCUCUUCUGGGCCUGCUGGUUCCUGAAAUCGCCUGUCAGGAACCAAAGACCCCUGAGGAAGAGGUGGCCUUUCUGAAAGUGAGGCUCGAUUUGAUGAAGGAUCGCUACAGGCUGCUGUGUAACCAGUACGCCAAUAUGGCCGACAACUGCUCAGCUCCAGCCAUAACCUGCACAGAGUGUCCAGCUGGAUGGCUGCAGGUGGGAGACCAGUGCUUCCACAUGAGCACCGACAGGCACAACUUCUCCUCCAGCGCUGAAAAAUGUAGAGAGACAGGAGCCCAGCUCGCCAUGUUGACCACCAGAGAACAGCAUGACGCAGUGGAAAAAGAAGGCAGGAGGAUCGCAGGGUUUCACAUUUACUACUGGAUCGGACUGAGUGACAGUGUAACUGAAGGAGACUGGAGAUGGAUGGACAACUCACCACUAAAAACUUCGUUCUGGAGUGUUCACAGAUCAGAACCAGACAACAAUCAAUCCCAGGGUCCUGAGGGAGAGGACUGUGCGGUGGUGGACAGCUACACUCAGAGCUGGUACGACGUGCCCUGUGAAUUUGAGUAUCCUCGAGUCUGUCAGAAGGCCGCCACGCCGCUGCUAUAAACCAACAAACCACCACUCAGCUGCUGCAUACUGAGCCUUUAUUGAAAAACUUCAUAAUACAGUCAUUAUAUUACAGAUUCACCUUUAAAUCAACUUUAUUUUUCUGGAAAAAUCAUCCUGUUUCUGCUUUUGGGAAAUAAAGUAUCACCAUCUGUACAAAAAGAUAA